CACGAGAAUUUCGGCAACAUGAUUGACCCUCGCCCAUUUCAUAUCCUGAGUUAUGGUACCUUGCUGGGUACCCAGGUCUUCCAGUCCUUCGUUGCCGGAAUCGUUGCUUUUCGCACUUUGCCGCGCCCGCAGUUCGCCAAUCUGCAGGCUGCCAUCUUCCCGAUCUACUUCAAUCUACAGGCUGCACUCCCAGUGAUUGUAGCCCUGACUGCCACCAGACACGGUGAUGCCCUGGGCUUCUCGGGCCUGAUUGCUCCAGAGAACCGAUACACCACCUUGCUUCCCAUGGCCGCUGUCGCCAUUACUGGCUUGAUCAACCAGGUUUUCUUGCGCCCUCUGACCAUCAAGAUUAUGCGCGAGCGUAAGCAUCAGGAAAACCGUGACGGAAAGAAAAGCUACGACCCCGAACCCCAUUCCAAGGAAAUGGCGGCCCUGAACAAGAGGUUUGGGCGUGUUCACGGUAUUUCUAGCUUGGUCAAUUUGGUGAGUCUAAUUGCUACUGUCUGGUAUGGAGCUGUUCUCAGCAAGAGACUAGAGUAA